ACGUCGUGGGGAACCAAUCGCAGACGCCGUUCUGUGACUGGAUUCCGUCUCCGGGAGUGGGCUUCCCCAAAUCGGCACCCCGCUCCGGCUGGAACUCACCAACCCGGAGAGCAAGACCUGAGCCAAGGUCAGAUGCUUAUCCCACGGAGCCACCCAGGCGGCCGCUUGCUGUUGUUUUUUACAGUGUGUUGUUUGUUCCCGGAAACAACUUGGUUGAACCUUCCUUUGCGUUUUUGCUGAUUCCGCCUUACUUGCUGACGGGACCAAAACUCCAUACAGCCCCUUGUACUGACUUUUUUGUAUGCCCGUUUAAAAAUAUGAGCCCCUAGUAGAACAUUAGAAGGCAGUGACUCUUAGAAAUGUAAUAAAUUAGCAUCCCUUAUCUAACCUCGAAGAGGGUGACACUCAUUUAAAAAUAUUGAACAGCUGCUGCAUGGAAGGCAGAUGCUAUGGUAAAGGGAGAGUCAAUCCGACCUUCACGGAGUAGGAGAAAGGGUGCUUCCUGUGGAACUGGUUGUGAUGGAAGGAGAGGUCCCUUUUGUCUUCAUUGUUGCUUAGAUGAUAAUGCUGAAGAAAUUUAACCUGAAAGAGAGAGCCUUACAUAUCUGGGAGUUUAGAAGAGCAUUUGGAAGUGGGCAAGUGCCUCCAUUCUAUUUAACUAGGUGAUGGGAUCACCAGCCCAGAACAGGAACUUGCUGUUUAGUAUCCCUGGCAGGUGUUCUGUCCAAAUUUGUAUUUUCAUGAUUUUUGUUGGACAUUUGUUAAAAACCCUGAGUGGCGGAUGGUACACUUGAUCAGAAGGUGCACUCUGCUCUCUGAGUUUUAUGUUAAGUAUUACCUUAAGUAAAAUAGAAAUCUUUGAGUUACAAAGCUGGUUUAAAACGUUUAUCCCUCUUUUUAUAGACAAUGGUGGGAAUUCAUUUUCUUUUCUUGAAACAGUAGUGGCAGUAAAAAGUUUAAAAAUAUUUCAGGGGCGUGUGGGUGGCUCAGUCGGUUAAGCAGCCGACUUGGGCUCAGGUCAUGAUCUCCCCCUUGGAAGGUUGGAGAGUCGAGUUCCCCGCAUCAGGCUCUGUGCUGACAACUCAGAGCCUGGAGCCUGCUUCAGAUUCUGUGUCUCCCUCUCUCUCUCCGCCCCUCCCCUGCUCGUGCUCUGUUUCUCUCUCAAAAAUAAAUAAACAUUAAAAAAAAUUUUUUUUAAUGUUUCAAAAUAGGGAAGCUACCAGGAAAGAGACAGUUUGUCAUCUUGUUGUAUUUACAUACUAUUUCCUUUCACCAGUUGUUCCUAGACUACUAUCUAGCCUCAUCUCCUCUCUCUUCCCUCAUCCCGGUUUACCCCACUCCGGUGGUUCUUAAUCCUGGCUGCAUCUCAGAACUACAAGUAGAACCUACAAAAAAAAAAAAUAAAUAAAUCUAGGGACUCCACUCCAUAUACAUUUAAAUCAGAAUCUCUGGGAGUCAAGUCUGGGCUUGUUUUUCCCUGCUAUUUGUUUUCUUUUAAUCUGUACAGAUGAUUCAGAUGCAUAAUUAGGUUUGAAAAAACAAAUGCCUUAUUCCCAAGCCAUUUAAACUAAAGGCUGUUCCUUGGAUGAACUACAAGAUUUUUAUCCUUUACAUUUGCUAUUCCUUUUUACUUAGAACACCCUUCUCUUUUUACGCUUAUUUAUUUGCUGCUUAUUUAAGAUCUUUAAAGCCAAUCAUAACUUUCCUUGAAUCCCCAUCCCCUCACCAGGCAGAAUUAAUUGCUUCUUCCUUAGCAUUUUGUUCACACAGAAGAAGCCCUCUCAUUGAUGUACUCUGGACCCAUAACCUACUAAUAAAUUGAAAAAGUCAAUUAAACAUUGAAGCAUCCUGAAACCUUAAUCACAUUGCCUAGUCAAAGAAGAGAGUAAUGACUACUCUUAGCAGAUCCCAACACACUAGUGUAUAAUAGGCACAAAAAAAGGUGAAUCAAAAAGGGGGAAGAGACACAGAAGAAUGUCAGGCAACAAAGAAAUGAAGAGUCAAGGAGUUCCCGAAGAAGCUCUGGCUAACCGAGGCACAUCUUCAUUAACUGCUGCUGUAGAGCAAGUUGCAAAACAACAACAAUCACAAACAUCAGAGAUAGAAAAAAAUAAAAAAGUUCUAUUCCAUUUGCAGGAUGAACUCCAUGAGCUUGAAAAACAAAUAGCAUCUGUCUCUGCAGAAACUAAAGAAACAGAAAGGCAAAUUUAUCAGCAAGAUGCUGCCAUCGAGAAUACCAAACUACAGUGUGGGAACCUGGAAACUCAAAUCAAAUCCUUACAUACAGAAAAUGUAAAGCUUAAAUUUGACAUAGAAGGAGCUCAAGAAGACUUUGAGGAAAACAUGAUAAGAUAUAAUGAAUAUUAUGCAAAAAUAAAAGAGCAUAAAGAUAGUUUGUGGGAGGCUGGAAGCAAAAGGUCAUUCAUGACUACACUCCAUGAAAAACGAGAUCUUGUUAGAAAACUAAAAACAAUGAAAGAGGAACUUAUGCAAAAUCUCAAAAAUCCAGAAGGAAACCACAUAAAACAAGCACAGGAAGACAUUAUAAAGCUGAAGGCUAAAAUUAUAGCUGUAAAAGAAUCUAUCAUUGAAAAAACUUUCUUUCUUGAGGAAGAAGAAAAGACACAUGAAAAAUUAAGAAAAGAAAUAGAGGUACAACAUAAGAGAUAUAAUGCAAUUCUUAAGCGUUUGCAUUGUCAAGUGAACAAGCUUCAGUCAAAUAGAAGACAAUGGCAAUUGAACAUUCAACAACUGGAAAAAACUGCAGCUGAACUGAGAAAACGCAUUGGAAUGAAAUACUAACGUGGCUAAAGGGAAAUGUAGAACAUAGACUAUGCCAACAAAAAGAAAAUUCUUUGGAUUCUUAACAACCAGCAUCUACUACCAGAGGUCUGUCUUAAUAACAGAUGUAUUUUCUCUCUCUCUUUUUUUUUUUGAAUCAGUUACCUGUUUACCUUCCAAGCCUACAAUUGACAACAGUAGAGAGACAAUAGGAAUGCUUAUGUAAGAAUAGUGCAAGAUUCUAUAUAAACAUUGUGAGUGUAUAAGAUAAACUGUACUCAUGAUUCUUAUUUUAUAAAUGUGUUGUUUGCACUAUCAUAUGAGGUAAAAAUUUAGAAGGAAACACUUGAAGUUAUAAUGAUUUAUUUUAAAUGAUUUAUUUUAAAUGAUUUAUUUUAAAUGAUUGUUUCAAACAUUUUAUUAAAACUUGCUUUUUUACCACUGCCUUCACAGUAGUCCAUAAAUAUUGACAUUUAUAAUAAUGUUGUUGUAUGUUCAGUGCUCCAGGUACUUUACUCAGUUUUUUAUUCUGAAGGUAGCAAUCAUUUUUUUCUUUGUUAUUAGAUAACAUAAUUUUAGAGUGUUGCAAUGCAUAAAAUUUUUUGUUUACUUUUCUGUCUGUAAAUUUGUUAGUAAUAUUCUGUGAUGAAAUUGAUGUUAUAGCAUCGUGCAAGGCAAAUAUGAGCUCUUAAAAAAAGAAUAUUAACCAGUAUACACUACCAUGUAUUUUUUUCUCACUGGAAGUCAUAUACUAUGUCCAUGGCAACAUUUCAAAAUUUAACUUGAUACUAAGAUAAAAAUGCUCCUUCUUAUGGCUCCAUUGAAUCAAAUUUUUAGGAACAAAAAAAAUAUUGAGGAUAAUGGUUUUUAAAUAUUUACUUUUAGGACUUAAUGCUUUCAAAGCAACAACAUCAAAAAGGUAUCUCAAGUCCAUUUUCUCCUCACCUUUCUUUGUGCCUACGACUAACAUUAAUAAUCCUAUUAUGAAUUAGCAUGGCUCAAUAUGGCUAACAUGUCAAAUAUCUUUGCUGUUAACACAAUCAGCCUUGUGCAUGACUCAGAAAUGCAGUUAGACUAAAAAUGGUUAAACCUGCAGAUUGUAGAGCGUAUCCACUAUGCUCAGCGGAAGACAAG